AUGUCGGUCGCAAGCAAGAACCUGUUCGAGCUCCUCGGCAACGAUGCCGAGGAUGACACCCCUCAGGCGCCCGUGAAGACGGUCGAUAAGUCCACCAUGCGUUCUACCAAGCGCAACGCCGAGCCUGAGGCCCCCUCGCGCGCCGCCGCUAACACCGGUGCUCGCCGCAACAACGCCUCUGGCAACGAGGCCGCUUUCCGUGACCGUGGUGCCGGCAGCGACCGCAACCGUGGUAAGACCACCGAGGAGUCUGCUAGAGGCGGCUCCCGUGGCGGCUACGGUGCCCGCGUCCGUGGAGGUCGCGGCGGCCGUUUCCCCCGUGAGCGCGACGACCGACACACCAAGGGCCAGGCCACCGGCGGUUCCGACAAGCAGGCUGCCCAGUCCUGGGGUGCUACUGAGGGUGAUGCCGAGCGCAAGGAUGAGCAGGCCGGCGAGGCCAUCGCUCAGGCCGAGGCGAAGGAUGCCGAGGCCGAGGCUGCCGCCCCCGUCGAGCCCGAGGAGCCCGAGGACAAGAACAUCUCCUACGCCGACUACCUCGCCCAGCAGGCCGAGAAGAAGCUCGCCCUUGACUCUGGCCUCGAGGUCCGCAAGGCCAACGAGGGCUCCAAGCUCAAGAAGGAGUGGGCCAACGUCAAGGAGGUCUCCCGCGACGAGGAGGACAACUUCAUGAUCGGCACCGGAGGCAAGACCAAGCGUGAGCGUGAGCGCAAGACCAAGCAGCUCCUGGAUAUUGACCAGCGCUACGUCGAGCCUGAGCGCCCCCGUGGCGGCCGUGGUGGUCCUCGCGGCGGUGCCCGCGGUGGUGCCCGUGGCGGCGACCGUGGCGAGCGCGGCGGCCAGCGUGGUGGUGCCCCCCGUGGUGCUCCCCGCGGCGGUGCUCCCCGUGGCGGUGCCCCCCGCGGCGGCUCUGCUGCCAUCAACACCAAGGACGAGUCUGCUUUCCCCAGCCUCGGCGGCAAAUAA